GUCCUCUGACCUCUCCCUUGUAGCCCCCUUUUUCUUCUUAAUGAAAUGACAUGCACCUCUCCUGUGUCGUUCAAGAAAAACUUUUUUUACUGACUCAAUUUGGCCAACUGCUGGAAAAUCCAUGAAGUUUCUACAAGCAUCCUUUUCUACAUGAUGAUCAGUCGACUAUGCUUUGCUGCCCUAUUUAGUCGACAUAUCCUUUGCUGCCCUAUUCUGUCGACAGAUAGAAAAGCACUGAGAUUAAUAUUUAGGCUCGCCCACUGAAUUUGUUGGUUCCUUCUGCUGGCUAAAAUAUAUUUUAUUAGGUCAUUCUCGAUGGACUGGGAGGUACCUUUAGCUUUGUGAUGGAAUUUCUUCUAACUUUAGCUGUUAGUGCAUAGCGAUAUGAUGCUAACUUUCACACAUUUUUACCAAAAGCAUGGUCAGUUACAAAAAUGACAAAAAUAUAUGGCUAGUCAAAGUUGGCGCAUUAAGCAAGAUCCUUAAUAUCUUUCCUGUUAUCUUUCAUCCAUGUUAUCUAGUAUUUGAAAUAAAUUAUUGAAGAGUAUGCUCUCACAUAACUCUUCCAUCCUACGCUUUUGGUAUGUGUGUGAGCUGUGAAAAUAGCAAGAUAUUUUUAUAUGCAUAUUGUAUGCUUUUGGAAAAGGAUGCGGCUAUUCUUUUUAAUCACCAUCCUAUGCCCUGGGAUCAAUACCAAGCACCUGAACCCAUGAUUUGGGUGUUCAUUCAAGGUCAGUGACUAUUUCCUAAGCACUUGAAUGAAAGCAAAAAAAUGUUUGCAAAAAAAGGUUCUUAUACUUUUUAGCAUCUCUAGAUUAUGCUAAUACUUUGUAUAAAUCUGAAAUGCUCAUCUGCAGCACAUUAUAGUUUAAAAUUGUUUUACCAUUUGUAUAUCUGCUCAUAUUUUCUUCAUGUUUGGGAAAAUCAUUUUGUUACAUUCACUGUACUAUGUUUUAGCUUGAAAGUUUGAGAAGUAUUUAUGAUUCGAGCUAAUAUCAAACUAUUAUUUGAUGAUUAAAGAUUUCAACUUCAGUACAUGAGAAAAAAGUACUGGUUUGAACUCUUUGGGUAGCUUUAGUUAAGAAAAAAAACUGAGUAGUAACAUCAGUAUUAAAAUUCUUAUGAAAAAAAAAAUACAAUUAAGUAGCAUGGCUGGUGACGCACUAAUUGGGAUGGUACAUUAAUUUGUCCUGUACUGUAUGUGAGAAGCUAAUAGGUGUGUGCCAGUCACUAUUGCAGCCUUGAUUUGUAUCAAGUGAUGCGAAUCAUAUGGAUUCUGUAGUUACCUGGAAGGACACUUACCUAACAUUCUAUGAUGUCCCUCUCAAUAGCUCUGCUGUAGCAUUGUAGGUGGCCCAGUGUGGAUCACCAUUGUUUGUAGUGCUAGGCCCCAUUUCAAGCAGCUUAUUGGCUGAUGUGUAAGUGAUUCUAUGAACCUAAUUUCUCCAACAGUUCUUGUUUACCUUAUGCACCGGAAAACCUGAGAUUGUUACUAUUUGUCUUGUCCACAUGAAUUUCUUGUAUUUUGUUUUAUAGAUUGGAUCGAAAUCUCUCAUCGUACACAUGCGCUGAUAAUGCAAUGCACCACUUUUUUUUUCUUUGCUUGUUUCAGUCACUAAAUUUGCCUGUUUCGAUCAGUACCUUUUCUGAACCAGAAUCCUUGAUUUGCUUCAAAUAUAUUGAGAGUGCAACUUUGCUGAUUCCAUACUUGGUCGUGAACCCAUUGAACAUAGAGUAGCACAUUGAGUCACUGACAUGCAUGUAAAUCCAACUGGCAGGAAGCAGUGUGUUAAUAAAAGGGGUUUAUAUCAGCUGUUAUUUAGCGCGUGGGAGCCUCUGAGUGGGAAACAGGUGUAUCAGAUUUGCUCAUGCAGCUCAUCUUUCAUGAACAGUUGAGCAUAGCUUAAAAGUGCAUCACUAUGCUUCUGCAAGCGAAACAUUCUUGGUGUGCCCUCUUAGGUAUGAAAUGGUACAGCCGUACAGCCUAAGAAAAAAUUGCUUUGUGCUGAACUGCUUGAAGCACUUUAGCAUAGAUUUCUCUUUUAUUACUGCUUCUCUGCUUCUCUUGUAGAAUUAAAACUGUCCAACUCUUUCAUUUGCCUUCCUUACUUAGGCAUAGCUUCUAGGCUUAGUAAGAUAAUAGCUAGUGGGCACAUCUGUUUUCUAAGAUCAGCAGACAAAUUUUCUUGAUAACUUUGCAUAUGAGCCAUCCGUACACUUGUGUGGAUUGCGUCAAUGAUACUCAAGUUGAUAGCCUUUAUCUUUUGAAAAGCAUAUACUUUUCAAAAGGGUAAUGAUAAUGCACACUAGAUAAAGUGCUUCGUGUUCAUCUAUUCUGUUCUGCGCCCUUUGCACAGUGUAUUUUGCGUUGUAUGCCAACUUGUGUUAAAUUGAUCAAUGAUUGAGAUAGCUAACCUGUUUUGGUCCACAAAUUCAUUCAGAACCCAUUAUUAUUCAGUAAAAUUUAUUAGUUCCUGUAGGAGAAAUAGAAUUGGUAGAAUUGGAUAUUGUAUUGCUGAGCCUCAUGGGCAGAUUAUAUAGGAGUACGUUAAGGGUCAAGUAGCCUUGCUUAGAGAUACGGUAGGCCGGGAUUACAAAUAGUCCUGAUAUACCAUAUCCAGAGAUAUCCCUAUAUAUACUCUAAGCUAAUGGUUCCUUUCAAAGAAAAUAGCAUAUCUUUUGAUGCUACAUCCCUUAAAGCUCUGUAAAGUUCCUGUUUUAUUACCUCAUAAAACCCAUAUAUGGAGCCUGCUACCCUUUUCCACUCUUAUGCUACAGCUUUUCCAUUCUUAAGCUACAGCUCUUUGGUACAUUUGUAUUGAAUUCAUCCUUUUCUAAACAUAUCCAUGGGGACAUACCUGAAACUUGUAUCCAGAAGAGUGAAUGCGUCACCUCCUUGGUAACUUUCUUGCCACCCUUAGAAUGUGUAUUCCAUAUAUAAUUUAACGGCUUCUUUUUCUUUGAAAGGACAGACAGUGAGAUGAACGUCAAGCAAGCACUAGCACCAGCAGAUGCAUGUGGACCACAGCACUGUCCAGUACCACGGAUGGUUCGGCCUACCUGACCGUGCACGUCAGUCCACUUCUCAUCAUCCCCUAUAAGCAGAAGCCAGGUGAUGCAAAUGACCCGGCUGGAAGACCUGACACCUGCUCCAUCCAUGACGUUGCCCAUUGAGCAUUCCUCAAGGCCGACCCUGGGGUUUCCCCUGGGGACUGCUCUCUUGCUCCUCGUGAUCUUUGCCCUGAGUGGCAUGUUCUCAUGCUGCUACCACUGGGACAAGCUCCGUGCCCUCCUCCGGUCUCGGCAUCCUGCCUUGUUCCAGGAGAGCGAGCAUACGGCCAUCUCCAUCGCGUCAACACCGAGCAAGACGACUUCUGAUCACAAGCUGGAGAAAGUGGGGAAAGAGUGCGGUCUGCCUGUUAUUAUGCCUGGGGACAAGAUCCCCAAAUUCUUCGCUAGGCCCUGCCCUCACGAGACGUGUUUGCCCGAAGCAGAUAAGACUGAAGUUCCGUUGGAAACCAAAUGUUCAGAUCAUGAACCGUCCGUUAGUAUCUGUAUACAUGAAAGCACAGUUAGCUGUUAGCGAUUUAUGAUUGGCGGGUUGACUGUAUAUAUGCUUGUUAAUAGAAGUUUGUAAACAUUCACCUGUGCUAUACAAGAGUCCGGUUGGGAUAGGUAGAUUUUUUGUUUUUUUCAGUUAGAGUUUGAAAGGACAAACGGUCCGAUCCUAACUGGUUGCUGUUGAAUGUUGCUAUAACCUUGAGGUGCCGCUCCCCAGUCCGUAAUCGAAGAGCAAAGGAGCGUGUGGUCAGAGGUCAGAUGCGCACACGCUCUUAUGAAAACUGUCGUCGUUCCAGUUCUUGCUUCCUGAACCAGGUAAGCAAUGCUCUUCUGCAUGCCCAAGUGUGUUGAGAGUUGAGACAUUACUUGUUUUGUCACCGUGCCUUGGAGAUUGGAUUCUUUACAAGGAUGAAUGGUGCACUUACGCUGAAAUAAAAAAUCUUUGUGAUUUGCGAUAA